GCUUGCAUGAUAAGUUUUCACCAGAAAAAUAAACAAAUCAUCUAAUCCCUACUUUUACAUGAAAAGUAAAAAAGAAAAAGAAAAAUUACUUCGAGACCUGCGUCUGUCCAGACCUUUGACUCAUAAGUGAAAAGAAACAAAUAAUCUAAUUUAAUAAAUAUAAUAAAAUAAAACAAAAUAAAAAGGGGUACUAUUAAUUGAACAAUCUCUUCUUAUUCAUUCACAUCUUUCUUAUUACUCCAUUAACACCCCCACCUUCCCUUUCUUUCUUCACCCAAAAUUUCUCUCUUUUCCCACAUAACUCAUCAACAAAGAUUCACAAAAAAAUCUAGAAAAAAAUUAUACAAAUCAAGAAUAUGGGAAAUGGUUAUAACCAACAUCAUCAACAACAACAACAACAACAACUUUAUCACCAUAUUCGUAAUGGAAACAACAGUUUUUUCUUACCAAUGCUUUGUAAACUUUCCAUCAAAGAUGUAAAAUUACAAAACACCAAAAACCCUUCAUCUUCAAAUAAUAUCUCUAGUGAUAAUAAUGAACCUUGUUCACCAAAAGUAAGUUGUAUGGGUCAAGUUAAAAGAAACAAUAGAGUUACUGGUUUUCCAACACCCAUAACUGGUCCAGUAAAUCCAAAAGUGAAAUACCCAAAGAUCAAGAAAUUGUUUUCUGGUAAGAAUAGAAGUAGUGUUACUGUGGUUAAAGAGAGCAGUAAAAUUAAUAUUAGUGAAUUGGAUCCACCGUUACCAGUGGUGAAAAAGGUAAAAACGGUGAAUGAAGAUGGUGGUUUAUGGAAGAGGAGAUCUGGUGGGGCCACAUUGAAAAGUUUGCAGAUCCAACAAGUUCAUUUAUCUACUGAUAAAAAUUUACUGCAACCAACUACUGUCUAUGAACGGGCAUCUGACAGGAGGUCCCUAACAAAUACAUCAGCACGUCCUAUCAUUCUUUGUCAGAUCGAUCUGGGAAUCCAUCUGCAUCAAAAGUUGUUUGAUUGUUGAAUUUCUUCGGAAAAUGCUUGGUGCACUUUCCUUGCUUCAUACAUGGGCAUUGGGGAUUGAGUUCUCCACAAGGUCCGUGCAUCAUGUAGUUCUUGACAGCAUUAUAGCCGUCUGGAUCAACUUCCAUAUCAGGUAUUUCAGCUGCUAUUAUUGUGUUGAUAUGAUCGAUGGAGGGACUUUUUAAUGUAGGAUGGAGGAAGAGCAGUAUAUGUGCAUGAGGCAGUCCUCUUUUCUGGAAC